AUGGAGAAGGCAUAUUGGUGUAAAUAUUCGAAACCUUCAAGUUACAACACGCCGUGGCCGCUCACUGAUGGAUGGGGUGAUGAUUCAGGCAACCAAGUUUUUACUUUAGACAUGCCGGAAGAAUGCUACUCAGGGGCUUCAUCGGGACAGCAGGAAAGAGCUGCUAUAACGUUUCAUAAUAUUACAGAGGCUGAAACAAGCGUGAUCGAGGGUUACCUAGGACUGAAACCGGGGCCCACAGCUUCACAGGUCCUCCAAAGGAACCCGAAGUUCAAGUCACUCUAUGACCAACUUGGCUUUGGACCUCAAGCAAGAGAAGCAGUUGCUGUAGCUCUCAUGAACAUCUCUGCAGAGUCUAAUCCUCAUUGCUUCACUGCUCAACCACAAAGGUCGUUCUUGGAAAAUGACAAUGCUAUUGUCUUCACAGAUGAAGACACGGAAGUUCCAUAUUCGGAUCAUAGAAGGCCACUUUACUUGGAAGGACAGAUCAACGAUGUGUUUAUAAGAAGAGCUUUGGUAGACACAGGCUCCUUUGUCAACAUAUUGCCUCCUUUUGUGCUUACGACAGCUGAUAUUCCAUUGUCCAAAAUCAUGCAAUCUCAAACAAGCAUUAGUGGUUUCGGGAAUAAGAGUGAGGUCACAGUUGACGUGGAUGCGGCUUACCAUACUUUACUUGGAAGGCCAUGGCUCAACAAGCACAAACUUGUGGUCUCUACUUACCAUCAAUGCGUGAAAGGAAGGAUUGGGCCGAGGCCACUUCGCAUACCGGAAAAUCAAGCACGGUUCAAUAAAAACGAAGCUCACUACUCUGAGGCAGUAUUUUACACCGAGUGCACAGGUGCUGGAAGCAACCCAUCCAAGGAUUUCGGGACCUACCUACCCUCAUGGACUGAAAUUCGUGAUCUGAGCAAUGAGGAACUCAUAACCAUUGUUGAUCGAGAAAGAAAGAGGCACUCGAAAGUCAACAACCAUGCUUACGAUCAUCCCCAAUGCUCAAAAGUGACGCUGCCAGACGGACGCAUAGUGUAUCACUUAUGA